ACAAUUUCUUCCCCCCCCUUCUCUCUCUCUCUCUCUCUCUCUCUCUCUCUUUUAAGAUCUCGUCAACACCAUCGCGAAUUCUUCCCUUCUCUUUUCGAUCGGAAACUCAAUGCCGGAUCUUCAUAAAUCCCAUCAUUCAGCUGCCCGUAGCUCGAUUUCCGCCAAACGAUCGCUCGAUGCAUCGUAUUGCCGCUCCGUAGCGUGUUCUUUUGCCUAGAAGCUUUGGGGGAGUCAGCAUCUCGUGUUGCCGGCGCCGACACGGCGACGGCGGUGAGGGCCGGCGGCGAGCAGCAGCGGGCGCGGCGGCGUCAGCCACGACGAGGACGAUGCAGAUUAGUUUCUCGCCUAGCAUGAGAAGCAUCACGAUAUCGAGCAGCAAUGGGUUUCUCGACUUGAUGAAGGUGAAAGUCGCCGCCCGCCACAUCUCCUACCGGACCCUGUUCCACACCAUCCUCAUCCUCGCCUUCCUCUUGCCAUUCGUCUUCAUCCUCACCGCCGUUGUCACCCUCGAGGGCGUCAACAAGUGCUCCUCCUUCGAUUGUUUGGGGAGGCGCUUAGGACCAAGGUUUCUUGGUCGCGGAGGUGAUGAUUCCAUGAAACUUGUUAAAGAAUUAUAUGAGAUACUUGACCAAGUAAACUCUGAGGAAAUUCCUGCUGGCCUGAAAUUGACGGAGUCUUUCAGUGAGUUUCUUUCCCACAUGAAGAAUAACCAGUAUGAUGCCAAGACAUUUGCUGUAAGGUUGAAGGCAACGAUGGAAAAUAUGGAGAGGGAGGUAAGAAGAUCAAGACUGGCAGAACAACUGCACAAACAUUUUGCAGCAACUGCUAUUCCAAAAGGCAUACAUUGUCUCUCAUUGCGCUUGACUGAUGAGUAUUCAUCCAAUGCCCAAGCUCGUAAACAGUUGCCACCACCAGAGUUGCUACCAUUGCUAUCUGAUAACUCCUAUCACCAUUUUAUUCUAGCCUCUGAUAAUAUUCUUGCUGCCUCAGUUGUUGUCACAUCAGUUGUAAGAUCUUCAUUAAAGCCUGAAAGGGUUGUCUUCCAUGUCAUAACUGACAAGAAGACUUAUCCGGGUAUGCACUCAUGGUUCGCCUUGAAUCCUCUUUCUCCUGCUAUAAUCGAGGUGAAAGGUGUUCACCAAUUUGACUGGUUAACAAGAGAAAAUGUACCUGUUCUUGAAGCUAUUGAAAAUCACCAUGGUGUUAGACACCAUUAUCAUGGAAAUCAUAUCAUGGGCACCAAUGUUAGUGAUAAUCCAAGGAUUUUUGCUUCUAAACUGCAGGCGAGGAGUCCAAAAUAUAUAUCUCUACUCAACCAUCUGCGCAUAUACCUGCCCGAGCUCUUUCCAAACCUCAACAAGGUGAUGUUUCUUGAUGAUGAUGUUGUUGUUCAACGUGACUUGUCACCGUUAUGGGAGAUUGAUCUUUCUGGGAAAGUAAACGGUGCUGUGGAAACUUGCAAAGGUGAAGAUACAUGGGUGAUGGGCAAGCACUUCAGAACAUAUUUUAACUUUUCACAUCCACUCAUAGCCAGUAAGUUGGACCCUGAUGAGUGUGCAUGGGCAUAUGGAAUGAAUAUCUUUGACUUAAAUGCCUGGAGGAAGACGAGCAUUAGGGAAACAUACCAUUACUGGGUGAAAGAGAAUUUGAAGUCAAACCUCACCCUCUGGAAACUCGGUACAUUGCCACCAGCUCUUAUAGCAUUCAGAGGUUACGUCCGUCCAAUAGACCCAUCAUGGCACAUGCUAGGUUUGGGCUAUCAGGAAAAGACAGACCUCGACAGUGUCACGAAGGCUGCUGUGAUCCACUACAAUGGCCAGUGCAAACCAUGGCUGGAGAUUGGAUAUAAGCACCUCCAGAAAUUUUGGACAAAGCAUGUAAACUAUUCCAAUGACUUCAUAAGGAACUGCCAUAUCUUUGAGCCACAAUAAACUGGGCAGCUACCAUAAAGCAGGGAGGUAGUGUUAGAGAUGGCUCUGUUUUUUUCCUCAAGAUCUGAGCAACCACUGAGGUAAUCAAGAAAUCAGCUGUCAAAGCAGUGCAGUCAAAAUGGUUGGGACUUCUCACAGAUCUAUCCAUUUAAGCAGCUUCAGUCCUGAUGGCAUGGAAGAUUCUAUUCAUUUUGUAAGAUGCUCAUCGGUGUUGUCAUAUUAAAGAUAGUUCUUCGCAGAAUUCUGGAGGGUGUGUUACCCGGUCCUGGAACAAAUGAUGGUUCAUCAUAUUGCUGUCGAUGGAGUAUGGGAUCACACCACCGGUACACACUGAAGCCAGGAUUGGAUUCUCUCGCGAAGCAUUCGGAUCAUCUUUUCUUCUAAUUUUGAGUUUAUUUAUUUAUUAAUUUACUUCAACCUUAUGCUUCUUCUUUUAUCCUCCAAAUUUAAUGGCCAUGAAUUUUACAUCUAUAGGAACCCCCCUCCCCCCCUUCUCGGUAUUGGGGAGCUUUAGGAUAUUUGUCUUAAUUCAUAAUAUGUUAAAAUGUGCAGCUAAUUCUUUUGCUUCGAUUGCUCAA